CGGACGUGUCAGAUUUAGCUGUUCGCUUCACUUGCAUCUCGCUUCUGUUUCUUCAAAUAUUUCCAGUACUGUCUGCAGAAAAAGAGGGAUGCAAUUGUUGGUUUUGUGUUACAUCAAGGAUGAGGAGAUAAACUCCGGCCUGUUUAAGUAAAAAAAGCAGAUAGACGAUGUUUGCUGUUGACUGAAGUCCACUUGAAGAACCAAAAUGAAGAGGAGGCUGCUGCGUGGGUUCCUGUCGGAAAUUUCCAUCCGGUUGGCUCUUCUGUUCGCAUUCCUUGUGACAGAGCAGCUCCCUCCUUUCUACCGGGAGAUCCAGGCCGAGGAGAUGUGGCUGUAUAAAUUCCAUCGUGUGGAAUCGGACCACGUACCGACCUCUCUCAUGUUUAGCGUGGCUGUUUUCACCCCCCUGAUUGUAAUCCUGGUUUUUAACCUGUUGAGAAAGUCAGAGCAUGGCGAUGUGAGAGAAGCCUCGCUGGCUGUGACUCUGACUCUGGUGCUCAAUGGAGUUUUCACCAACGUCAUCAAACUUGUUGUUGGCAGGCCGAGACCAGAUUUCUUCUAUCGCUGUUUCCCGGACGGUCAGAUUAACCUGGAGCUGCAUUGCAGCGGUGACCCAGAUGUUGUUAUAGAAGGAAGAAAAAGCUUUCCCAGCGGACAUUCCUCCUUUGCUUUUGCAGGUUUGGGUUUCACAGCGCUGUACAUCGCAGGGAAGCUGCGCUGCUUCAAUCCAGCAGGCCAAGGCAGAGCAUGGCGGCUAUGUGCCUUCCUCGCCCCUUUGCUCGUCGCAGCUGUAAUCGCCCUUUCCAGAACCUGCGACUACAAGCACCACUGGCAAGAUGUAUUAGUUGGGUCACUGCUGGGUCUCGCCUUCUCCUGGCUCUGCUACAGACAACACUUUCCUCCGCUUCAGGACUCGGACUCCCACAGACCAAUCUGUCACAGAGAGACUGUUCCGGCUGCACAGGAGCGCAAGUUGGCCAACUCCAACUUCCUCUUGCCUCUGUAGAGCAGCUGCACCCUGAAUGCUUUUCACAUUGGUGUCAUUUCAGCUGGCUAAUCAGGAGAUCUGUGGAAAACCAAUUGGAUCGGAAACUUCAUAAGUAUUUAUAUUUAUCAUUGGUUGUUAUAUCUGCGGUGUUUGACGUUUCUAUGAUUGUGAAUGAAUGAAUUACUACAUUAUCAAAAGUUCCAAUUUGGCAAACUAAUAAAAGUAUAACAUACUGGAAAUAUUAGUCUGAGGGUUCUUGGGACAUCGUGACUUCAGUUCCCACCUGGCCUGACUCUGUGCCUUUAGGUGACAGCAACUGAGCUAAUUUAACUACACAGCCACUGCAGUAAGUGGCUUUGGUUUAGCUGCAACGUUUUAAAUAAGUGGAGCUGUGGUGUCAGUGGAGAUAUGCAGAAACUAGACCACAUUUUUCUGCAUUAGUCUUUCUUCUUACUGUAUAGAAGAUUUUGGUUGAACCAGGAAGGUCUGUUUUAUAAAAAUGCAGACCUUUGAACCCACUUCAAUGGUCUUCUGACACCAAAGUUGUCUCAGCUGUAACAAAACUAAAUUACCAUCAGGAGCAGAGUCAUUAUGCUCUACCUAGAAUGUCCAGAUAUUUCCCGGCUCAUCAUUUUGGACCCAAGGCACAACCCUGAAACCUUGCAGGAUAUUGCCCACUUUUUGUGAAAGAAAUUCACCUUUGGGAUCAAAUUUGUUUGCUUUGGAGGACAGUGACAUGUUUUAAUUUGACCUGAAAGAAAAGAGGACGUUCGAGCUUAUAUAUUUUAUUUCAAAUCCUUUCUCUUUAAAAGGAAUAUAUCAUCAUUUUCCCUUUUUUUAUCUUUGUUCAGCCUUCUUGCUCUAAGACAAAAAAUUGCAAACUCUCUUUCUUGGAUUUCAAUUCUUUAGGUGAAGAGUUGUGUGGCGAUUUAGUCAGUGAGGAGAAGGCCAGGAGAAAUGCUACUUGAGGGACAGUAUUACUAGACCUACAAGGCAGCAUCAGCAUGCAAACCAUACCAUCGUCAUUUAGCUCAGACACAGAGAAAAGAACUACACUACUGCAGCUAAUUCUUGUUAAAGGAGAGUAUUUUCUUACCCGAUGAGCUGAAAGCUCAAUAAAAACACCCACAAUCACAAUGACGGUCUGGCUGUUGACUCCCCGUCUCAGCUCUGUGUCGUUUUUGUUGCACAAAUCCAAGAUUGCAACAAUUUUCUAACAGUUGAGUAGAAACUGUUCUAACAGAGAGACUGUUUUUCUGGUAGGGGAGGAAAAAUCCAUCUUCUCUACCUGUGCCUACUUCCCCAGGGCGCGCACAUGUUUCCUGCUUAGAUGAAUCCGCAAGGUGUUCAUUUUCUCCUAACUCUGUGUCGCUUUUGGGCAUUCGAACAUCCUGUCGACAUUUUGCCAUUUAAAAAGCUCCACAAUCCAUCAUCAGUCAUAGAUUUAGAUAAAUAAUGCAGGGCUGGGACUGUUUUUAGUCACAGAUUGAUUCAUUUAGUUUGAAGCUUUAGGACCACAGUUAAACACUCUGGCAUUUAGAGAUCCAACAUAUGAAGCUUUACACACAUAGGUAGGGGGUUUCUAAGUUCUUGAAUAAUUGAUAAUACAUUAAUAGUCACAGAGUUUCAUUAAUGCCCAAUGCCCUUUAUUUUAAAACUAAACGACAGCUUUGUCAGACAGCUUGUGUUUAUUGCUGCCUCUGUUUGAUUUGCUUCAGAUCUUUCUGUCUUCCUACAGUAUAUUUUGAAUGUCAUUAUUCAUUGUUACUUGUUCUUAGUCUCCGGCUCCAUGUGCCAAACUCUUAGUACAACAAGCAAAUGUAGCAGCGCCACUCUGUGCUUUUCACAGUUUAUUCUAGUGACUGGUGUACUUUAAAUGUAACCUUAGUCUUUGCUUUAGCUGAACAGCCCAUCUGAUCAUAUUAUCACAAGGUUAUAUGACUAAAGGAACUGUGAGGGAAAUGUUUCCUUGUUUUAUUGGAUCUUAGGCAUACUGUACGUCUUUGUAAGGUUUUUGUAGAAGUCUGGCUUUAUGGAUAACUCAGGUGGGUUUCUUUCUGGAAGCUGUAUUUUCAUCAAAGAAGAGAAAAGCUGCAGGAGUUGGUUUUGGUGGUAGGCAUGGGUUGGUAUGAAACUCGCAUUAUAACUGAGCAGAAAUACUACAGUUUCAUGGUAUUCACUUGAGAUUUAACACAAUUAUGAUCUUCUUUUUUGUUUCGAAGCAGAAAAGCAACAAAUAUUCUAGUCCUGCUGAAAUGUUGACUGUAAUAUAGAAUUAACACCCUGGAAAAUGAGUAGGGUUUUUCAAGUAUUGUACAUUCUUGCAAAUUAAACAAGUUAAUAUCAGCUUUUAAAUUAAUCAGGUAACCAGUCUGCAAUCUGCUGCACAACAGAGAUGCCAGCUGUAAGGUUUAAGGUUAGGCCAAAUAAAACUGGUACCCUUACAAGAAGAGGUACCCUUUUUGUUUCCACACCUUCGAGGUCAGUUUUUAUUGUAUUUAUUUUUGUUGCAACCAGGAAUAUUUCAAACUGACACUAUCGUCCUUUUUAUUUUUCAAUGAGAGGUGAGUGUAGUAGACUUCCUUCAGCCAGCUGACUGGCAGUGCAAAGCAACUGGUUGAAGAGGAGCUGCACUAAAUUAUUCUAGAUACUCACCAUUAGACAGCACUUUCUCUGGCUUCUCAUUCAAAAGACAUUGAACCUAUUUUUAACCAUUUUUUCUUUUAAAGCCUGUAUAUCUUCAUACCACUAACCGGCCCAUCCCUACUUGGUAGUGAUGGUGGAACCAGAUCUUCCUGAUGGACCCGAUGAGAGUUGAACUAUAACUUCCUUUAUGUGCCGGUGCUAACCUCACAGCUCUCCUGCUGGUCAGGUGCUGUAAAUAGCCAAAAAUAAAAAUGUCCCUACUCAUCCAAUUUCAUAUUAAAAACAAAGGAAUUUGUAAUUGUUUUUGUUUAGUCGUACUGUGACUUUUAUUUUUUCUGUGAUGUUUCUGUGCUGUUGCCUAAUUUUGCUUGAGAUGUUGGCUUUCGUGUUACUUUAGACUCUUUUUGGAUUGGACUUCAGCCAGCCAACGUUUGAAGGUCAGAAUCAAUGCACUCAGAUCAGACUUGUCAGAGGGAAAACAAAAGAUAAUGAGUGCCUUUGUGCCUUUGUUUACCGCUGUACUUUACAGAUCUCUGUAAGUGAAUAAAGUCCAUCACACCAUAAGCUCACCCUGUUAUUUUACCUGUACAGGACUCUGUUUUAAAGGUGCAACUCGGUAUUUCAGUGUGGCAUGCUGCCCUUCCUUACCUCAGACACAAAUGUUCAAAAUGUUAUUUUUAAUGGAGUCAAACGUGAUUGUCUUAAACAUUGUAAACUUAAUGUUCUGAGGGAUACCUGGAGGACAAACCUCACUUUCAGAGACCAGUUAAGAGCAUAUUUACUUUCAUGGCAUGUUUGACUUUACUUGAAUAUUGAUUUUUGUUACAUGUGAUGAUCAUUAAAUUAAGAUUUUUAUUACAGGGUACUUUGCAAUGCCUGUUGAGCACAUGUUAGGCUUGUUCAUUUUUAUAAAUUUGUGCAUGUUUUACAGUUGAACAGCAACUAAUUUAACUGACAGCUGCAGUCCAUUUAGACUUUUUGUUGUUCAUGUAUUCUGUGUCAGGUUAAUGCUAAUGUCGCUGUUCUCAUGUUAAGGGAUUAUUCACUGAACUGCUUCCUAGCUUUAGGAUCACAGACACAUGUAGCUGCUCAUGGUGAGAUGAUGUUUGUUUGUUUUGUUUUUUGUUUUGUUUUUUUUCCAUGUUGUGAAGCUUUCAAUGUACACCUUGUGUUGGGGAAAUUCUCCUGGUGUUUGCAUGUUUUCAUUUUUGUUAAUUAAUUACAAAUUAAAACCAGAAAUCCAUCGAAUGCUAAA